AUGGCUCGAGGUGAUACCCUGCUAAACGUCUUCUUGGCGAUCGCUGUGGACAACCUCGCCAACGCGCAUGACCUCAGUGAUGCGGAGCAAGCGGAUAAAAAUGAGGAGAAAAUGAAGGAGGAGGCGAAAGCCAAAGGCCUGGAUCCAAAUACAAUUGAUCUGACGGAUCCAAAUAAGGCCCGUGUUCUCCCAUGGAUUCGAACUCCCACCAAGGAUAAUAUGUGGCAGGAUCCUACUAUUGCCAAUGAGCUGAGCGUGCAAUUAGGUGAUCAAAAAGCCAAUGGCAACUACCUCACAUCAAAUCUCACUAGUGAAAGGAAAGUGCAGAACUAUAUAUCCUUUGAAAGCGAUGAGACUGGUCAAAGACCAGAUUCAGAAAAAGGCGGACAUGGAAAACCAGUUCUACCCUACAGCUCAAUGUUCCUUUUCGCUCCUACUAAUGGGUGA